UAGGGGAUGUUCGUCCUGGGGCUGCCCUACGCCAUUCUCCACGGGGGCUACCUCGGACUCUUUCUCAUCAUUUUUGCCGCCGUGGUGUGCUGCUACACGGGGAAAAUCCUCAUCUCCUGUCUGUACGAGGAGGACGAGGACGGGCGGCUGGUGCGAGUGCGGGACUCCUACGUGGACAUUGCCAAUGCCUGUUGUGCGCCUCGGUUCCCCACGCUGGGGGGCCACAUUGUGAAUGUAGCCCAGAUCAUCGAGCUGGUGAUGACGUGCAUCCUCUAUGUGGUCGUCAGCGGCAACCUGAUGUACAACAGCUUCCCCAACAUGCCCAUCUCGCAGAAGUCCUGGGCCAUCAUCGCCACCGCCGCCCUGCUGCCCUGCGCUUUCCUCAAGAACCUCAAGGCCGUGUCCAAGUUCAGCCUCCUCUGCACCUUGGCCCACUUCGUCAUCAACGUGCUGGUCAUCGCCUACUGCCUGUCCAGAGCACGGGUGUGGGCCUGGGACAAGGUCAAGUUCUACAUCGACGUUAAGAAGUUCCCCAUCUCCAUCGGCAUCAUCGUGUUCAGCUACACGUCGCAGAUCUUCCUUCCGUCGCUGGAGGGCAACAUGCAGAAGCCCAGUGAGUUCCACUGCAUGAUGAACUGGACGCACAUCGCGGCCUGCAUCCUCAAGGGCCUCUUCGCCCUGGUGGCCUACCUGACCUGGGCCGACGCCACCAAGGAGGUCAUUACGGACAACCUGCCGCCGGGCAUCCGCGCCGUGGUCAACCUCUUCCUGGUGUCCAAAGCCUUGCUCUCCUACCCGCUGCCCUUUUUUGCCGCUGUGGAGGUCCUGGAGAAGAGCUUCUUCCAAGAAGGGGGUGGCACCUUCUUCCCGAACUGCUACGGCGGCGACGGCCGCUUGAAAUCCUGGGGACUGACGCUGCGCUGCAGCCUGGUGGUCUUCACGCUGCUCAUGGCCGUGUUCGUGCCACACUUCGCCCUGCUCAUGGGUCUCACGGGCAGCCUGACGGGGGCAGGCCUGUGCUUCCUGCUGCCCAGCCUCUUUCACCUCAAGCUGCUGUGGAGGAAGCUCCAGUGGCACCAGGUCUUCUUCGACGUGGCCAUCUUCGUCAUCGGCGGUAUAUGCAGCAUUUCCGGCUUCAUCCACUCCACGGAAGGGCUCAUCGAGGCUUUCAGAGACAACAUAGAGGAAUAGGAAAGGGUCCUCCCAAUCCCAACAUCGGCUGGCCCUCUUCAGUUUCAUGCGUCAAAAGUGUGUGCGUGCUUGCAACCAUACCGCUUUAGGGAAUUCGCACGCACCCGCAAAGUCACGAUGAGGUGCAACCGCGCACGCUUAACGUAGGGUCUUCUUUCACUUGUCGGUGGGUGUGUACGUUGGAGAGCGAGGCCUUGCAUUAACAUGUCAAAGUAUUCAAACACAGGAUGUGAUAUUCACCAAGCCAAACGGACAUUUUGCGCAAAGGUAUUGCUUUACCUUGAUCUGGUCGAACACACACUAUAUUGCCAAAAGCGUUUGGCCACCCAUCCAAAUGAUCAGAAUCAGGUGCCC